UAGACAACAUUGGUUUUGACAGUACUCUCUCUCUCUCUAUAAUACACUAUACAGUGUUGUUAUGUUUUAAACAUAGAGAGAGAGUGUGUGUACUGUAGUAGUAGUAAUGGCCGUCAAAUGCAUAAACACUCGAUGAGUGUCAACAACAACAACAACACUAACACUACUAAAGACAACAACAAACCAAUUGGUGGUUUCAACCGAUAAAAACAAUUAGUUUUUUUUAGUCAGUUUUGGUCAGUCAGUGAGUCACCCGAGCGCGACGGCGGCAGUGGCUGAUCACACACACUCACCAAACUCAUCACCCAAUAGACUACCCGCGGCUGCGGGCAAAGCGACCACCAACUGGUGUCCACUUACGGUACAGCCGUUUAUACCGAAGUAAAAGUGUGUAGAAGAAGAAGAAUAAGAAGACAUACCAGCAGUUUGUUGUCUUCAUAUAUGCAUUGAAGAAGAAGUGGUUAUUUCGGAAGACAAGUGUUUGUUGUCUGGUCUGUGUCUGGUAUUUAACCAACCGAUGCGAUCAUCCGAUUGAUUGUCUAUCACUGAUGAUGACGAUGAAGACGAUGGUAGUAGUAGUAGUAGUGGUGGUGGUGUUGUUGUUGUUGAAACACCCGUUGCAUUAAUCAAUAGCCAUAGCCGUCACACACACACACACACACACACACACACACAGACAGACACAUCACAAGUGUUGUUGUUGUUGUUGAUGAUAGUCUUCAGCGACUUUAUAUAUCGGCGACACAAGUAGUAGUGGUGGUAGUGAUUGAUCUCUUCCAACACUAGACACCGAUUAUUAUUAUUAUUAUUAUUGUUUAACAGUCAUAUCGCCGGUAAUAGUGAUAAUAAUCAAUAAUAACAAAUAAUGCCAUUUACGGGAAGCGUCCGAUUGUGUAUAAUCGAGGCCAACGAACUGAAGCCGACACAGUUUUCCGUUCGGCAUAAACUUGAUAGUGUUGUCGGCAAAAGUGGCGGCAGCCAGAUGCUAAUCGAUCCGUACGUACACAUUACCGUCGAUGACCAGCCAAUAGAUAAAUCGUCGACCAAACAGCGGACAUUCAGGCCUCAGUGGAACGAAUUGUUUAGUUUCGAUGUUAAAGAGGCACAAAAUUUACAGUUGACGGUAUUUCACGAUGCCUCCAUACCGCCCGACGAUUUUGUGGCCAACUGUUCAAUUUGUUUUGACGAUUUGAUUACGGAUGAAUCGGUAGCGGCGGCGGCAGCGGCAGCCGCUGAUGGAUCAGCGACUGCUGCUGUCUACGGAUCGGAUAUUUGGGAGGACCUCGAACCGGGUGGUCGACUGCACGUGAAUGUCGAACUCAGAUCGGCGGCCGCCGACUGCGGCGGUGGUGGUGGCAGUGGCGGCGGCGGCAAUUCUAAUUCGUCGACAUUGGCCGGCUCCUGUUCCUCCUCAUCAUCGCUGGCCAUGCAUCAUCAUCAUCAUCAUCGGGAGCCAAAAGAAUUCAAAGAACGCCAGGGUCUGGCCCGCAGACGCGGUGCUAUGCGCCGACGUGUACACCAAGUUAAUGGACACAAAUUUAUGGCCACAUUUUUACGGCAGCCAGCAUUCUGUUCGCAUUGUCGCGAUUUUAUCUGGGGUCUGGGCAAACAAGCCUACCAGUGCCAAGUGUGCACGUGUGUCGUCCAUAAACGCUGUCACGAAGUAGUAGUAACCAAAUGUCCCGGUUGUAAGGAAAAUACCGACGACUCGAUGAUCGGCGGCAGCCGAUUCAGUAUCAACGUACCCCAUAGAUUUCAGGUACACAACUAUAAGAGGCCAACAUUUUGCGACCACUGCGGCUCCAUGUUGUACGGUAUAUUCAAACAGGGCCUCCAAUGUGAAUCAUGUGAUAUGAACGUACAUAAGCGAUGUCAGGCUAACGUUGCGAACAAUUGCGGUAUUAAUCCGAAACAAUUGGCCGACAGUAUGAUGGCUGUCGGCAUAUCGGCGGAUAAGUUAUCGUUUAAAGCGGGCAAAAAAAAGAAGACAUCGAUCAGCGAAUCGCCGAAUAGAUUUGGCCAAUCGUUGACAGAGCGCGCACAUACAGCACCGUUGCCUACCGGUGCUGGCGGUGGUGUUGGCGGAGACAUUGGUGCCGGCGGUGUUGGUGGUGGUGGCGAUAAUUUUAAAUCAGAUCAUCAAUACGGUAGUAGUGGUGGUGCGGCGGCAGCCGGCGAUUCGGCGCCACUGGCCAACCAAUUGGAUCGUUUGACGAUCAAAGAUCGCGAUCAUCAACUACAGUCAGUGUUGGAUCGUAGUCCGCACGGUGGCGGCGGCGGAACUGGUGCUGACGGCAAUGACCGGCCCCGUAGGCGCUACGGUCUCGAGGACUUUAAUUUUAUUAAAGUACUGGGAAAAGGAAGUUUCGGCAAAGUAAUGUUGGCCGAAAAGAAGGGCACCGACGAAGUCUACGCCGUAAAAGUGCUCAAAAAGGAUGUCAUCUUACAGGACGACGACGUCGACUGUACAAUGACUGAGAAGCGCAUACUAGCGCUCAGUGCUCGGCAUCCGUUUCUAACGGCACUUCAUUCCUGUUAUCAGACGGCGGACCGGCUAUUUUUUGUGAUGGAGUACGUCAACGGCGGUGACCUAAUGUUUCAAAUACAAAAGGCCCGCAAGUUUGACGAACCCCGGGCCCGCUUCUAUGCAUCGGAAGUAACGUUAGCCCUGAUGUUCCUCCAUAAGAAUGGUGUUAUUUAUAGAGAUUUAAAAUUAGAUAAUAUAUUAUUGGACAGCGACGGCCACUGUAAGAUUGCCGAUUUCGGUAUGUGUAAGGAAAAUAUUAUGGACGGCAAUACUACGACAACGUUUUGCGGAACUCCCGAUUAUAUUGCACCCGAAAUAUUGCAAGAAUUAGAAUACGGCCCAUCAGUUGACUGGUGGGCAUUGGGUGUCCUAAUGUAUGAGAUGAUGGCCGGACAGCCGCCGUUCGAAGCGGACAACGAGGACGACCUGUUCGAGUCUAUAUUGCACGACGACGUACUCUAUCCGGUCUGGUUGACCAAAGAAGCCGUUUCUAUACUCAAAGGGUUUAUGACUAAAAACCCGGCCAAACGUUUAGGGUGUGUUCAGUCGCAGGGAGCCGAAGAAGCCAUACUAAAGCAUACGUUUUUCAAGGAUACCGAUUGGGACGCACUGUUGGCCAAAAAAGUUAAGCCACCGUUUAGACCGAAAAUCAAAACGAAACGCGAUGUCAAUAAUUUUGAUCAGGAUUUUACUAAAGAGGAACCAAUUCUGACGCCAGUAAAUGCAGAAGUGGUUCGCUCUAUAAAUCAGGAAGAGUUCAGAGGUUUUACAUUCACUAACGGAGAGUUUAAUCCGGGUUUAUAUUCAGUUGACGGUCCCAAUACAUAACUGUUGCCUAAAAAAAAAACAAAAUUAAUUAAUUAAUUAUUAGCCCAUUAUUAUUGGUUGGUUUUUUUUAAGUUUCAAAUUUUUUUCAAUCAAAAAAAACACAUAUAAUUUGGAUUUUUUUUUCAAACACCGACACCGACAACAACAAAAUUUUUUGGUCUAUCUAUACAUUUGUUGGUUAACUUCAAACACACACACACUUACCGUAUGUUUUGUUUGUUUGGUUAGUUGUUGUUGUUGUCGGUGGUGUUGGUGUGUUUGAAUGGACACACACCCGAUGAUGAUUGGUUGGUUGGUUGGUUUACCUACCGAUAUAUAUAAGUGUUUGAACCCAUAGUUUGAACCCAAAAAAAAAAACAAAACAACAAAAUACAGUUGAAAUCAACCGAUAAAAAAAUUGACCGAAAUAUAUA